UGGACGUCAAAUGCAUCAUUUUCUAAAAUCGGUAUCUUCUUUUUACGAUUUGUCAUCAUUUUAGACAAUACAUUGAAAAUGGCACAAGCUGAAAAUGAGGGGAAGAACCUGUCCGAAAUGUUUGAGGACAUUUUGAAAAUUUAUAACUACUUAGAUACUUGUGAUGACCCGACGGUUUCCGAUAAAUAUCAGGCAGAGGUAGAUAAAGGUGUAAAAAUUUGCCACGAAUCAAUAAAAAUGGUGAAUACUCUACAACUGUUUAGCAAUAAUGAAAGUAUAGAGGAAGUAGCGACUAAUGAGAUCAAAUACAUGUUACUAUCAGCAUUGUUAGGUUAUUUAUCAUUAAAGUCUAUUAAAGAAAGUAGAAUUCAUUUAUUAAAUAGAUCAAAGGGUUAUUAUACAGAUUAUUUAAAGUUAUAUAAAUCAUAUGGAGUCCAGGGCGUUGAUGUGGCAGAUCUUGUGGAAGAAGAAGAAGAAGAAAAAGCAGAAGAUGAACAGAAACAGGUGGCCUUAGCCGGUUCUAAUAGAGGUCCAGAUCUACGUGCUAUGUCAGUCCAACGUGCUUCUAAAAUAGAGAGAUUUAAACAGAAACGUGAUAUAGAAAAUAAAUUAAAAGAUUUACGAACUAAAGUGGAAGAUGAACAUGUCGAUGAUGAAGUAAAAAGAGAAUAUUAUCUAACAAUGCUAAAUGAAUGGGCAGCUAUUAGUAUAGAAGAAAUAGACAGUAUCAGUUUUGAAAUACCAGUUUUAGAACACAGUAAUAAAAUGAAAGAAAAAGAAGGAAAGGGUCCAAAGUUGCCACAACUAAAGCCUAAAACAAAGCCCCUCCGUCCCUUCAUCCUGACCAAAGAUUUAUUACAGAAGCAAGUAUUUGGGGCUGGAUAUCCAAGUAUUGCUACAAUGACAAUAGAUGAGUUUUACCAUCAGAAAGUAGCUGAGGGUGAUUUUCAUGCUCCAGGCAGUGGGGCACAAGGACAUAGUUUACAAGAUUUUGCUAGGGAUCCUGAUAAAGAUAAAGAAGAAUUAGAGAAGGAGGCUUCAGAGAAAGAAAAUCUGUUUGAAUCUGACGAUCCUGUCAAUUUAAUACGUGAGAGAAAUUGGGAUGAAUGGAAAGAUGAUCACAGAAGAGGGUGGGGAAACAGAAAAAAUAGAAGUUGA